ACAUCUCGCGAGCAAACAGCUGUGCGGAUUUACGGCACAUCAUUUUAAAAUGAAACGCGGAAAAAAUAAUUGCUGCUUGAGAUAAGAACAAAAGUAACAUUUUUUUUUACGGAGCACGACAUUAACCAGCAUAUCCGAUACUAAUGAGAGAACAAACUCGUGAGCUCCGGGGCGUUAAAAUCUUUCUGCUUUUCCAAAUUAAAUGAUAUAAUUCCAGAAAGAAGAUUCAACACGGGCGUAACAAACGUGCACCGUGAACUCAUUAUUUCGGAAUCCUCGUGAUAUUCCCCACUGUACGUGAUGCUCAAGCGUGAGCUCACCUUUCAGGUCGUUGUUGUUGUUGUUAUUGGUCAGCACUGGAGUACAUAUGGAGUAAUGGUUUCAUAAUGGGAUUAUCUUCAUUGCUGUAAAACACAUUACGUACUACUGUUGAUGUAUGCAUCAUAAUCUUUCAACUGACAUUCAGAUGUUAUCUACUAUAAAAUGCUGGUAUGAUGAACUGAGAGCAGUUUCUCCCUCUGAAAAGGGAGUGAAAGUUUUAACAUCUCAACUCAUGUAAUUCAUUGACAGUAUGAGAAAUGGAUAAACUCACCAUUAUUUCAGGAUGUCUCUUUCUUGCAGCGGAUAUAUUUGCAAUAGCAAGUGUUGCAAAUCCAGAUUGGAUCAAUACAGGCGCCCAAGAGGGAGCUCUGACUAUAGGCCUUGUGAAGCAAUGCCUGACCAUUUAUGGUCGGAAAAGGGUAUGUAUCUCACCAAGCCUUCCUCCAGAAUGGAUCACUGCCCUGUUCUUCAUUAUCAUGGGCAUCAUAUCACUCUCAAUCACAUGUGGCUUGCUUGUGAUCUCACACUGGCGACGUGAGGCAAUGAAGUAUGCUCGCUGGAUUGCCUUCACAGGAAUGGUCCUGUUCUGCAUGGCCGCCCUCACAUUUCCAGUUGGAUUUCACAUUGAUCAAGUCGGAGGACAACCUUACAAAUUACCCAAUAAUACUGUUGUUGGCUCCUCAUAUGUACUGUUUGUUUUAUCAAUAUUUUUCACAAUAGUAGGACUUCUUUUUGCUUGUAAAGUCUGUCUACCUGGCUGAUAAAUUCUACAGUUGGUAGAUUUGUAUUAUUAUUGCUGAAUAUAUUAAUUCC